AUGGUUUCGCUCAAUGACCUGGACCUGCAGAUCGAAGCCCUGGAGGACUCAGACGAGGACUCGGAGUCGGAGGAGUCAGAGAAGCCCAGUCCCGCCAAGACCGUCCCUUCAAAGAAGAGACGUGCUGCAGCAACGACGCCAGCGCCCAAAGCGCCGAAGGUGCCCAAGGUGCCAAAGGAGCCCCAAGUGCCGAAAGCGAGCGACGAACCCGAGUCAGGUGCAACAGGUGAGGAGCACAAAAAGCGAAGGAAGACUGGACACCGAGCAUCAUUGUUUUAUGACGUCUUGAGGGCUGAUUUGUCCAACAUGAGUAACCUUGCCCUGACAUUUUUCGAUUUCGCCAAGCCCCUCGAAGAACAGCUCGAAGUGCACAGUGGCACUGAUAUGGAUUGA